UCUCUUCCCUGCUCAUUGCAGGGAAAAGUCUCCCCCAUCUUGAAUCUCUUUUAAUCACCAUAUAUGGAAAUCCAAAAUCAGAUGAUGAUCGAUGGUGGCCAAGAAGAGAUCAAGAAUAUGAUGAAGAAGAAACGGUCACGUGGUUUGCAUGUGAUCGGUGUGGUUUUGUACAUGCUUCGCCGUCGGAGGAGGAGGAGCAAGCCGUUUAAUAACGGGUUUUGGGGAAAAUUUGUCGAGUCCUUUCGUCAGUUGAAAAUCGACGAUAUUAAGACACUGCCAUCGUCAAAUAUUACGGUAAUGCUACCAUCGUCUUCUCCGGCGGCCAUGGAGGAGGUUGCGGCGAGUAGUGACGAUCAGAUAUCGGAGAUGGUCGAGGUUUUCACGGCGACGUCUAGUUCUUGCUCUUCGGGAAUCGCGGGAUAUGGAUCAGCAAAGUCGUUGCGCGAUAUGGAUUGUCUCGAUGAAGAUGAUGAUGAUGAUGAUGAAUAUUAUGGUAAUGAUGAUGGAGGUGAUGAGAUGAUUGAUGCGAAAGCUGAGGAGUUUAUAGUGAGAUUUUAUGAACAAAUGAGGGUGCAAAACCAGGCUUAUACAGAACGUUACAAAGCUAAAUCAGAGAUGAUGAUGGUCUAAAACGCAUAUUGUAAUUCUA